CAACAAAUUCUAUAAGAUACUCUGCAGAAAAUGGCUGGAAUACAAAUAAGAGACGAAUUUGGAAACCCAAUCCCACUAACUGAUGAACUCGGUAACCCGGUUAAGUUAACUGACGAACAUGGCAAUCCUAUCCACCUUACCGGUGUAGUAACCACCGCCGCCACUACACCUUCUGGUUUUGGUACCUCCGGUACGCCCACCACUGCUCUUAAUAAUCCCACUACAGAUUCUGGUUUUGGUACUUCCGGUACGGCCACCACUGCAGGUUCUGGUUUUGGAACUUCCGGUACGGCCACCACCACUGCAGGUUCUGGUUUUGGAACUUACGGUACUGGUGCUUACGGUGGUGGUGCAACCACACAUCCUAAAACAACCGUGGCAGAUCUAAUUUCCACCGAACCAGCCAGGCAUCAAGCUGCAGGAGGAGGGCUCCGUCGUUCCUCCAGUUCAAGUUCAAGCUCUAGCUCCUCAGAGGAUGAUGGAGAAGGUGGGAGGAGGAAGAAGAAAGGAGUGAAGGAUAAGAUAAAGGAGAAGCUUCCAGGAAGCAAGGACGAGCGUGAUUCAGAGACAACCACUCCUGUUCCAGCUGCAGGUGGUACCAACCCCCAUCCAACGGCGGCGGCAACCCACCAUCCACCUGAGGCAACUCAUAAUGAGAAGAAGGGUAUACUUGAGAAGAUCAAAGAGAAGUUGCCUGGCCACCACAACCACUGAACUUGUAUCCAUAUAUUUUCUGUCAGCGUUCUAUAUGUACAUUAAUAUGGGUGAUCUUAGUUUAGGUAGUUUAUGUGUUUAGUAUAUUGUACUAAAUGAUUAAUAACUACUAGUUUAAUCUUUUGAGAGGUUGCUCAUUAGCAAUUUGUUUA